UCACAUUUAUAGUGUACAUGUCAAAUUUCACGCUUUCUUCAAUUUAUUGCCACCAAAAUUAGAGGAAUAGAGGGUAAUAUAGUGAUCAUUAAGAUGACACAGAUAAGAGGUCUCGCAGUGCGAAUUGUCACCUUUGGGACGAUCAUUACAUCAGCUAUAAUGGCUUGGAAGUUAUUGAUGUGCCUUACUGGAUGUGAGCCCCCUCUUACCAUUGUUGUAGAUAGUAGCAUGGAGCCUGGGUAUACAAAGGGGGAUAUAUUAUUGCUUGGAAAGGUUAGCUCUCCACUCGAAUGUGGAGACAUUAUUUUGUUUGAAGUCGAGGAAGGAGGUGCUCCCAUUGUUCAUCGUGUAAUACAGGUUACUAAACAUCUGGAUACUGGAGAUGUCAAUCUAUUAACCAAAGGGGACAAUAAUCCUAAAGACGAUAGAAACAGUUUAUAUAUGGAAGACCAGCAAUGGAUUAAUCAAAAGGACCAUGUACUCGGAAAAGUAAUCGGAUAUAUUCCGCACAUUGGCUCAGCAAUAAUCUUUGUAAAUAUGCAUUCUUUUGCCAUGUAUUUGGUGAUGGGUGCAAUGAGCAUGCUAGUCCUGACUCGGAAGAGCAACAUGUUUGGGUAAAAAUACAUCCAAUUACUUCUUGGUUGGAAGGGUGAAGCAAAGUUAUUUUGUUGGUAAAAGGUCAUCCUAGCACUUUGGAAAGACGAGAGUUUUGUUACAUAAAUUCCUGCAAUUUUUAGUUGUACAUUAGUGAAGCAAAAGAUUUCUUUGCUGUUGUAUUUCAGGUUCUAAUCUAGUUAGAUUUCUAGUAUUUUAAUUUAUUUUUUUGACAA